CUGUAACUAUAAACUGUGGAGAUAUUUCCAUAAUGACAUCUGUUCAUGCUCACUAAAUUUGGCAAGGAACCAAAAGGAUUUUAAAUAUUUGCAAAGAUUUAGAAAUAAAUAAUUUGGGGUUUUUCUAGCCAUGCUUUGAGUUGGUCCUCUCAUGGGAUGUUAUUUGUUUAGUUUCCAGAAUUUGCCAAAACUUUGCUUAGAUACAAAUAUGGUGUGUUGAUUAUACGGUUAUAUUCACGGUUUUGAAGGUUUAUAAUUUUUGGCUACCGUAAUGGCUGACCUUACCCGUGAAUUGAAAUUCACUGCAAGAUUUAUGAAAGAGGGACAAUCCCUAGAUAUUUAUGAAUCUUGUGUUAAAGAUUUCUUUAACAACAUUCCACAAGAGAAGUUAAACCAUGUAUCUAGGUUUAGUGAAGUUAAACAAUAUGUUAAUGGCUUUAAUUCUGAUAGUUCAUUAUUUGAUGUAUCAGUUAUAAUUAUUUGUUCUAAUGUUAAGAGAGAUAGUGACUUGUCUAAUUUUUGCUCUUACAUUAUGAGACAAUGGUGCAAAGAAGCAAGCGAAAAUGAGUAUUUACAUUGGUUGAUACCCGAUAGCUGUAAUUUCACCUUAAAUAAUUAUAACAACCAGUAUAGCAAUGCAAAAGCCUCAGAUUUUUCUUUCGGCACCCUACCAACCAUGAAAAAUUUUGUUACACAAUAUGUGUUUACACAGAGGCAAAAUAUUUCAACUAUUCUUUGCUCUUUUUCUCAUUUGCAGCGUCACUUUUCACUUUAUGUAUCUAAUCGACAUAAGGAUGAAUGUGCUAUUAAUGGCGAAAUGGGACACAAAAUUUUAAUUCAUUAUGAUUCUCUCAAUAGAAUAAUAGCCAACAUGGAUCCAUCUAAAGAAGUAGCUGAAAUAUUUUUUGUCAUGGAACAUCCUCCUUUUUUGUAUGUUAGUUACUCAAAAACUGAGCCAGAAGAUGUAGAUGGUGUUAAUAAGUUUGCCCAAAGCAGAGUUUCAAAAGCCAAAGAACUUGAAUAUGGCUGUGGCAAGUUUGAGAGGACAUUUUCAUUGGGCUGUAGGUGUAACAAAACAUUUCGCACCAGUAAGACGAUAGGGCAAAGUUUGGUUUUGAGAAUAUCUGUUUCAGAUAAAUUUCAAACACGUUGGUUGAUAGAGCAAUUGAUUCUCAGGUGUUCUGUGAAAACUGAAAUUUGUUUUUCAUCUUUAAAUUCAGUUAAAAUUAACUACACUGAGUUGGAUGUUCUCAAAAAAUUUCCAGCAUUACCAAAUAAUGGAAGAACUGACAUCGAAACUAUCAAUUUCGAAUGUGAAUAUGCUUGGAAAGUUAUUCAUUCUCGAACACUGUCAGUUAAACAUGAAAUUGUAUUGCGAAACCAACUAUUUCCUAACUAUGUUAAAACUUUAAUGCAGUAUCUGAAGUCGUGUGCUAGAGAAAAACAUGAUGCUGUCACUAAAGCGUUAUUCUUCAUAGCUGAGAUGGUGGACAAGGGAAUAAUGUUUUCGUUUAAAGAAAUAUUUGAAAAGAAGUUUGAAUAUUUUUGUUCUUUCAUAGAGUCGGUUCCUUUGCCUCCCGGAAUGUGCUAUGCUCGUCGAGUCCUGUUAACUCCUUCUAGAGUUCUCUUUCUUGAGCCGUAUGAGCAUUUUGAUAACAGAGUUAUCAGAAGAUAUGGUACUGAAUACAUGUUGAGAAUUUCUGUUCAAGAUGACAACUUUUCUAAGUUGACAUUCGCCGUUUCACAUAAUUCUAAAAAGGAAGGAAUAAUGAAAGAAGUGGUUGGAAAAAUUCUGGAAAACGGUUUAGGAAUUGGUUCACGUAGAUAUUUUGUUCUAGCUUCAUCGACCAGUCAACUUCGAGAGCACGGUCUAUGGUUAUAUGCCAAAGAUCCUGUUGGUAAUACUGCACCGAUUAUUAGGGAGUGGAUGGGGGAUUUUAGUGGCAUUAAAACUGUAGCCAAAUAUAUGGCUAGAAUGGGACAGUGUUUCUCCUCUACUGAAGAAGGUGUUCAGAUAAGCUUGGACAGUGAAAAUGAAAUUGAAUGCAAGGAUAUUAAAACCAAAGAUGGUCGUUUUGUGUUUUCUGAUGGAAUUGGCAUGAUAUCUACUACUGUAGCAAAUGAGAUAAGAUCAGCUCUGAAACAAAAUAUUGAGUUUUCUAUUGGAGGAUGUUUGUCCUAUGAACCUUCUGCUUUUCAAAUAAGAUAUAGAGGGUGCAAAGGAAUGGUUGUUGAAAAUCCUCGUUUAAAAGGAAAAAUCAUUGGAAUUAGACCUAGCAUGAAGAAGUUUGAGUGCAGUAAUUCGAGUCAACUUGAAGUGGUUAAAACUAGUGCUGCCAGAAGGCUUUUUUUGAAUAAACAUCUGAUAACCAUAUUAGAGCAAAUGGGUGUACCAAAGGAAACUUUCUUAGAUCUUCAAAGUAACAUGAUGUUAAAUUUAAUUGAUUCUUUGUUAGAUGAGAGACAUGCAGUUUCUCUUCUUAAUUGCUACCUUAAUACAAAUUUCCCCUUCACUUCAAUGCUGGCAGCUGGAUUUUCUCUGACCAAUGAACCUUUUUUUCGCUCUUUAAUUCUUGCCUUCUUCAAAGCUGCAGUGGCAAACUUACGUUCCAGUAUGCGCGUUGCUGUUCCGGAAAAAUAUGGUAGAAAUUUAUUGGGUGUACUUGAUGAAACUAAAACUCUAAAGUAUGGUGAAGUUUUCAUUCAGUACAGUGAAAGUACAAGUUUACAAAAUUCUUCUUUUAAAAUACUAUCAGGUCCUGUAAUUGUAACCAAAAACCCUUGCCUUCACCCUGGCGAUGUAAGAAAGUUAAAAGCUGUUGAUGUUCCAAAGUUACAUCACAUUAAAGAUUGUAUUGUUUUUCCAUCCCGUGGCACAAGGCCACAUCCUGAUGAAAUGGCAGGCUCAGAUCUGGAUGGAGAUGAAUAUGUUGCUCUUUGGUAUGAACCUUUAGUGUUUCAGAGAAACAAUUUUUCACCAAUGAUUUACCCAUCAUAUGAAGAAAAUACCAAGCCUAGAGAAUUUACAGUUUCCGACAUGAUAGAAUUUUUCUGCCAUUACAUUCAAAAUGACUGCAUCGGUUCUUUUGCUCAUGCGCAUCUUGUUUGGGCUGAUAAACUCGAGAGAGGAAUUUUUUCAAACAAAUGUAUGCAGAUAGCUAAACGUUACCCCUAUGUUUUGGAUUUUGCUAAGCAUGGCACUACUAAAUAUUUGAAGAAAUCAGAGCGCCCCGAUCAAUACCCUGAUUUUAUGCAAAAAGGACUCAACGGUAAUAGCUACCACUCUAAAAGAGCACUAGGAUCACUGUACCGUGCUUCUAGAGUAUUGGAUGCUUGUUCCAGUAAAAUAAAUUUGGCAGCUGAAUCUUUUUCAUUUGAUCCAGAUUUAGAGUACCCAGGAUGGGAGAAAUAUAAGGACUCUGCCACUGAGCAUAAAGAAAAGUAUUCGACUAUGGUAAUGGCAAUUUUAAACAAGUACUCGCUUCAGAGCGAAUCAGAUGCCUUUUCUGGUUUUGUUGAGCUGGAAGUGAGUAAAAAAUGGCGCCAAGAGAGCACAAAUGUGAUUAAAGUUGUUAAGUGCUACAUAGAUAGCAUCAUGCAUGAUUUUAGAGGUAAAUUUUUUCAAGAUUUGGAAGAUGAGAUAUCCCAACUUGAGUUGGAUAAAAGUGAGAAACAGCAUAUAAAAUAUCAAAGAGCAUCUGCAUGGUACAUGUGUUCCUAUGGAACAAAAUCAGAAAAAAUUCUAAGCUUUCCUUGGAUUUUAAGUGAUAUAUUAGUGGAGAUCAAAUCUUUAAAAAAUAACACAUUACCACACAAUAAUUUUCUUCAAGAUAUUGAUUCUGACAUACAGCAAUGCCUGUCAUCUGGCAUUUUAACCGUCAGUAGUAUAUCUGAUAAUACUUGUUAUUGUAAGAAUGUUCUUCAAGCUGUAGUAACUAACUGGCUAUCUACAUCUGGGCUUAACAUUUGGUCCGAAGAUAACCGGCAUACUUGCAAAGAAUGCAGCCGGAGAGUACUGACCUAUUAUAUGACAGACAGUAAAGAAUCUUGUUGUAGUGUAACUGAAAGAGACAUGUGUUCUUGUAAUAAGUCUUGUUCUCCUAUCAAACUUAUUCUCAAGUUUUUAAAGUUCUUUGUAAAGAAAACAAAGGAAUCUCUUGGUAAGUGCGUUGAGGACUGUGAUGGUUUCAUACCGAGGAAUCUUCAAGAGUUAGCUUUGCAAACUUUGGCCUACGUUGCAAUUACCCGUGACAUAAAAUAUCUUGGCUUGCCAUUUGAGACUUCGAACUGCAGUAAAAACUUCAUUGCAGAUGCUGUUGCUGGAAAUAUGUUUGAAGAAGAAGGUGAUCCCAUUAAAAUUCCUGUAAAUACCACUGAAUUGAAAGAGCUUAUAGAAGAGCACUUAGAGGACAUUAAGGCUUAUUUGAAGAAAAAUUCUGGUGUUAAGUUUUUGGUUUUGCGUCCAGAAAAAGACAUUCACGAUAAAAAUUGCUUAAUUGUGAAUUCUGUUGGAAAGAGUUUUGAGCGAUGGAACCUCGAAGCAAUUUUAUUGGAUCCCGAUUUUACUAAUGUUCUGAAAAAGGCUCUAAAGCCCUUGCCUAUUAUUAAUUAAUGUAUUUUUUAAAAAUAUAAUGAAUUAAUUAAUGUAUUUAUUUAAAAUAUAUUUUUUAAAAAAAAUUUCUGGCCUAACAUGCUUUUUAAAUAUAGGCUGUUCUGCAAUCACUGACCUUAAUAUUAAAUACUAUUAGAAUCUUAGUUGUAAAUUAAUGUUAAUGCUGUAGCUGAAUAUAUGUUGAAGAAAAAGGUAACUAUUAAAAUACCUUAAAUACCGUUGAGUUGCUUAUAGAAAAACACUUAGAGGAUGAAAAAUGAGCAACUACUAAAGAAAGAAUGAUUUUUAAAAUAGUGAAAUCUGUUUGAUUGCCUGAUGAGACAUAGUGGGGCUUCUAAUCAUGGCAUUUCAACUUAUCUCUAUUUUUGUUGGCAAUAAAACAGGUAUUGCUGUAUUUUAUCUUGGCUUUCACUACAGUGAUUUUUUAGAUUUUAAUACUCAAAUACGUUUAAUAUCAUUAAACAAAGUUUUUCCAUUCCAUGUCAGUUUAUUCAGCCAUUGAAUCCAACAGAAAUUAGUACACCUAUGGAAUUAUCAAUACUGAUUUCAAAAGUCUCCUUAAUAUUGGAAUUAGUAAAAGGGAGUAAAAGUUGUUAGCUUUUAUACUUUUGCUAAAAUGGCUCUCUAGCCCCCAUUUCGAUUCACGCACUAAGCUCUAUUAAUACAUGUAACUCCUCUUAAAUCUGUCCUGUAAAUAUAGUUUUUAUUUUGUUUUGUGCAGAAUAAAGUAAUCUAAACAUAGUUUUAUAUGAAUUUCAUAGUUUUAUAUAAAUUUUAUAUAAAUUGAAGCUUAUUGAUUUUUACCCCUUGACUAAUAUUAAAUAUCAUUGAUAUUUUUGAAAUCAGCAACAAAAAUUGUGUAAGCGAAAUUUUUUUAUUUAAUUAUGAGAUGAAGGAUGCCAUUUCUGGAAAUUUUGGUAUGGUUUUAUUUUAAAUAACUGAUAUAUUAAAGGCUGUGAUUAUAUAGCACUUUAUUCUUAAUUUAUAAAUUUUUUUAAAAUAUUAUUUUACUAAGGCUAUUAUUUUCCUCGAUUUAUACUUCCCCUCUACUUAAUAUUGACACAAAUAAUUUGAUUAGUGGCUACAUUGUUAUCUGUUUUUAUUUAAAUAAUAUUUUGCUACGCAUUUUCUUAAUUUUAUAUCCUCUUUCUCUACCAAUUUUGUAACAUGAGACAGUUCCAGCAAUAAAAAAUAGAUAAUUAUAUACUCAAAAUAAUUUUAAAUAAUACUGUAAUUAAAUCUAAAAACGGAAUCAUAUUUAUAAUUUUUUAAUCUAUAGUAAAAUUUUCAUGCUUUUUUCUUCAAUGGACUUAAUGCUAGUUGGGAAAACCAGUAUUCAUUAUAUUAGUCUGGUUUAACUAUGUGUUAUACACAAUUUUAAAAAAAAUAAAUGCGUGAAACUUUUUGUUUGAACAAAUAUCACUGUUUAGGUGGUAAGU